CUUUUGGUGUCGUGCAUUUGCGUGCUGGUGGCCUCCAUACUUUAUACAUUCUAUUGGAACCGAUUCUUUGCAGCGCUCAUUGGGCUAUUCUUGAGAAUACGGUGUUGGGACAAGCAAGGUUCUAGCAUAUGGGUGCAGAUUGGCGAAACACCUGGCGUGCUGGCUGACGUACCUGCGUCAGGAUCCAUUCACUUCUCACUCUUGGCUGGGAGAAUCCUUCUCAAGGACUUCCGCUACCAUUCAAGCAACCAGACCAUCAGUGUUGUGAAGGCUCAAAUUACUUGGAGGUACUGGCUACGUGCCACCGCAACAGAGGACGACUUGGACCAAGAGCAUGUCGGAGGAGAGGAUUUUAACCAGCCGCGUACUUUGCCUCCAUGUCGUGUCAAGAUCUCCGUUCACGGUUUUGAAUGGUUCCUGUACAACAAAACUGCAGCAUAUGACCAUAUCAUCUCGCAGAUGCAAGCAGGUACAUCUUCAAAUUCGGAGUUAUCUGAACCUCGACGCCUUUUUUCUCGAUCAUCUGCUUUGGAAGGAUUGUGGGAAGGCUUAUAUCCUCCCGCUGUCUUUUCUAACAUAAAGGCUCCGCCGAUUAUCUACGCUGCUCUGAACUGGGUUAAACGCCAGAUGCCCUACGUUGAUCCGAAGGCUUUGCUACCAGUGUCCAUCGAGGCCUUCAAGUUCUCCAUAACCUGCGGCAAUCCCUCUACUCCGAGUCUAAUGAUCGCAGAAUGUCACAGGACUAACGGUACCUUUGGGAUCGUGCCGGCUAGAUCAAAAUGUGACCUCUAUAAACAGUUAUUGAAUCUGAGAUUCCAGAGUGCUGUCAUCCGUCUCGUUGAGAACCCUGACUAUCAGGGAGCCAUGCCUGACAUAGGACAUUACAUCCGUGUACGAACAGAGUCUUCUAGCUAUGCUGACCGCAUCCCACUCCUAUAUUUAUCUCACGAGGUGUUCGCAAGGGUCUGGAGGGCACUGAAAUUGUACCCAUGGUUCCGUCACUCUCCCCACGUUGGUACUGGCUACAAUCACCAGCAUUCUGUUCCAAGAAAGUACCCGUGGAAGGGUUUCGACGAAUGUGCAUUUGUUGGGGCUGAAAUUAAUAAACUCGAGUAUGCCAUCGAGCGACGCAUCGUGGAAGCUCCCACACUGGAACUAUCGUACUAUGUUGAUGUCGUUGGCGAGGUACCCGCCGAGGUGACUGGUGCUGGAGGCAUAGGUCUUGAGUCUUACGACAUUGGUAACGGCGACUUACCCCCUCAAUGGGGUAUCGACUUGGUUAUCCACAACGGAGUAAUCCGGUAUGGUCCAUGGGCGGAUCGGCAACGCGUUCACCUCCAACGCACAUUCUUUCCUUCAAAUUAUCAUAAUCUAGAAGUCUCGCAGCGCCUCAAGCCUGGAGACAAGAGAAUUUGGACAGCAAUGAAAGUUUUCAUCGAGCUUCGAGGAGAAACAUCGCUAACUGUGCCUUUCCGGGAGGGCUCCAAGGAUUGGCAGUGGGAUGGUCAGGCCCAAGGCCCGAAACACAACAAACGAGAACCCGCCUUUCUCCAUCUUACUGCCGGGGACAGUUCGUCCAUCAGUUAUACUAUUCCAAUGGUUAUCGGCCCCGAAGGUUAUGAGUCACGACUGGAGGUUCACUUGGAUACGGUGCAGCUUAAUUCAAGCUUGAACGAGAGCCGCAUAAUUUUUGCAGAAUCAUGUCGGGUGCAUGCAGCACUUCCAGCACCGAUUCAAUGGAACGCAGAACGCAAGUGGUCUUUCACAGUUUUGUUACGACAGCCUGUCAUCUCUCCUCUGCGGGAUCACAUCAAUAUGGUUGUGGAUUUGUUACGGGAUUGGACAACUGCGCCGCCGACAGGGUGGUACCAAUUCAUACCGACGGUUUAUGUCUUCGAGGUGGACCUGUUUCACUUCGACCUCAACUUGUACGCAAAUGACCAGAAUAUCGUCGAUAAGCCACUUGUCAAGGAUGACAACAGUGAGUCUGCUGGCCUCUCUUGUGUUAUCAGUGUAGUGACAAUCCCUUCGAAUACAUAUCGCCCAGAAAGAUCGACAAUUCCACUUUCCGUUGACGUACCGAAUUUAGCUGUCUCGAUGUCGUUGCCAAAGUGGAACACCCAAUCUCUUUAUAACCUGGGUAAGGAGCAACAGGUGCUCCAUGCGCGUACUUUUCGCCUGGUGGCCUCAUAUAACAGCUGGAGCGAGGUGCGCUCUGACCAUGUCGAUCAAAUUAAGCUUGAUAUUUUCCUGACAGGUGUCUCGUUUAAAGCACUGGGAUGGGUGGUCAGGUAUACUUUGGUGUUGCGCGACAAUUACUUUGGAUCUUUCACUCAUUUUUCGACGCUCGUUGAGUACUUGGAUAAGCAUAGGAAAGGUGAAGUCGGAGACCCUAUCGAGAAGAAAUACAGGCCCGGACAAUCGAACCCUCUUCAAGUCAUUAUCUCUCUUAUGCUGCACAAUGGGACCCUGUUACUCCCCGCAGCUCUCCCGGGAUACGAGAAGUACGGUGAUACUGCGAUAACUACUGAUGACGCCGGUGCUUCCCUAUUGCUGGGAUUUUCCGAGCUUCAACUCGACUUCAGGUUGCAUGACUACUUCAUGGACAUGUCUCUAAACGUUGGGGAAAUAAAAGGUUGCGUCCUAGAAGUCUUUCCGGAGGAUGCAUUCUUCCGUCACGAGUGUCCUUCCCCCGAUAAAACAUUGAUCAUUGAUGGGAUCGAUAUUACGACGCAUAGGCUGUUUGGGCCGCCACCACGAACACGCACCUAUGUGUGCGUCUGGGAAAUUAGUUUUGGUAGUGUAAGGGCACUGCUGUCAGUGCUCGAAAGUCGCAUAGCUCUGGCGGUGCUGGACGUCUUCCGAAUCAACUUUGUCGACUCGCCGAAUGCUCCCGCCGGCGAAUUUGGCUUGCCAACUGAUCCUGAUUUGACGUUCGUCAAGUUAUCCGUGAAGACUCUCAACCUUACCUUACUUGCAGGCUCUGCGGCCGUCGAUGUGUAUUUGCCCCAUGGGCUUAGCGUCCAUUCCAAUGACCUGCAGGGACAAUUAUGCGGCAAAUUGAUCAUUCUGAGGCUCCCUCUUGCUAACCUCAAGGCACUUAUUACUUCUGACUCAUCUCGUACAUCAUGGUCAGAAGCUGCAUUUCUGGAGUUUAACAGCUAUCUUGAGAUCUAUUCUUCAAACCCCAACGGCCAUGCGCAGAGUGAUUUUAUACAAUCGCAGGAUGCACUCACCCGAAGAGCCCAUAAUCUUCUCUGUCAGGUCAAGGAAGUGCGCGAGCAUUUCCGCAAUUAUCGUACCGUAGCGGGUUAUAGGCGGCCUCUAUUGUCUCCUAUCGACCAUUUGAAGGAUCUUUAUCUUCCUCAACUUAGCCUUCCCUCGUUCUGUACGCCAACCUCUACUCUCCAAGACCACGAGCAGGUGGGUUCUAGCCAUUUCAUUCGGUGGUCUCGCCUGUGCCACCUAUCCGAAUCCGAGGAUGAGAAAAUUUCGGAAGCGGGUCGUGAUGCCCGAGUAGCGAGAAACCGAAUCCUACGACCUGCGGUAGCGCAGAGUGACGACGCGGAGUCGACUAUCUCUGAUGAAGAGUCGGACAAUGAAGACAUGUCAGACGCUACUUCGUCGGGGAGCGAUUGGCUGGAUGUAGAUGCACAGCGGCGGUCGAAGGAACCUCUCAUGGGCUAUCAUCGUUUUACGAGGCGCUAUGAUGGAAGUGGUCUGAAUAACUUUUCUGCUCGCGAUGGUUCACCUUUUGCCUUGGUAUAUAAUCCACCUACUAGUAUUGAGAAACCGAAAAAUUCCUCGGGCAAAGUGCUUCACUGUACUUUAAUUCCGCCCACCGCUGCAAGCACUAUUUCAGCAAUUCGCAUGGAAUCUACUCACGGAUUUGAGAUAUUGAUUACUCCACUUAUUGUUAUCUUUGUGUCCACCAUCAGAGAUGAAGUCAAACACCAUAAUCUCAGUGACGAGCUACUGUUGGACACCUUCAUGUGUCAACAUCUGGGGAACUUCACCGAGUCAGGCAUACCAUCGGAUUCUGUGUUACCCUCGUUCGACGUAAACCUGCACUCCUUGCAUGUUCAGCUCGUAGAACAAGUUCAUUGCAAAGCGAACUUGGAUCAGCCGUCUUCGAGUGUUGUCACCGACAACGGCUGUGUUGACCUCACUGCAUAUUGUUCCCUAACCGGACUGCUCUUCAAGUGCGCUCCCCAGAAUCGAUCUGCCGAUUUUCAACUGGAUUGCCAGGCGCUCUAUGCUGGCCUUAGCAGUCCGUCUGGUGUGCCAAGUGCUUCCCAUCCAGAGUACUCUCUGUCGUCGGACAGCAUUCAAGCAAACUAUAUAAGCGGAAGAUUAGUCAUUUGCAGCGAAAAACUGAUGACGCAGAUUGGCCCGUCGGAUCCGGAGCACGUAGUCGCUCUACUGCUUGCCACGAAGGUAAAUUUUGAGCGGCUAGCAGCGACUUAUGAAGACUGGCAAUUGGCUCUAUCGAGUUGCUUCCCCACACUUGUUCGCCAAGUUCUCUCACGAGCUAAAGAACGUACUGUCGUUGAUCCGCUCUCCGUCAUGCAACCAUCUUUCUUGGUCCAACGAGGACUUCCCGAUGCGUUACGGAGAGAUCCACACUUCAAAUUUCUUUUCCAUAUGCGUUCUGUGUUGCGGCUAUGCGGACCUCUCUUGCCGGCGAACAAGGAAGUCUCAGGCGAGAUGGACGAUCAAGACCUGCUCAGGACUUGUCUUUUGAAUAUCAUGGUAGACGUUGACGAUUUGACCCAUUCCUCCUUGGGGCAGAUGAUGUACCCAAUGGAGAAAACGACCACUCCACAGAUGGCAUUGGCCAUGACUUCAGCCUCAUGCAGGAUUGGUUCCCUGCGCUUCACCGUGCUGUCGAAUACGCCCACGUCACAGAGUUAUCUGGCUACAACAACACUGUAUCUGGAAUAUCGGUCCGAUUCGCAGGCAGCCGCGCACUUACUUCUCCAGGACCCGUCUACCAGCCUUCUUACCAGCCAGAGUUGCAUCGUGGCUACCGCCGCUAAUAUUUCUCUGGUAGUUUCUCCCCGUUUGAUCGACUUUGCUCAGCGAAUCGUUCGAGUGCGAAAACAUUAUGAUAUGGGCUUCAAUCGUGGUUCCUCAGCAAGCCUCGUGCCGUCUCAUGUCAUCGUUUUAGUCCAGGUUGGUAAUUUGGAUGCACGAGCAGCAGCGGAGAAUAUCAUUUUCGAACUAGGGGGGUCUUCAUUGGAUCUAUGUUCUUCAGCCCUCACACGCUCAGACGCUGGAAUAGACUCGACGAAUCACAUCUGCACUUUCGGAAGUCUCCAUGUCUGGGCUCAGUCGAGGGAGGGCGAUACCAAUGUCCUCGCACCCGAACGCGGUUCCCUUGCAUCGUUGACUUUCGUCAAGGGCAGCUUCAAUGUGAUCCAACGGAGCGAUCGCACAUCAAAUACCUUGCGCCUUGUCUUCUCGCUGGACGACAUUAUCCUCAGCGUCCCCCGUAGCGCCAUUCGGCUAUAUCGCUUCAUCGAAGAGUGGAAGGCCGACUUCCUACCCGCAUUUGGGAUUGCAGCUGAAAGCCUGAUAUCCGAAAUCAAGGGCAACCAAACCUCUUUAGAUUUGCCAGCUUCGCACGCAGAAAAGCAUCAGGACCCCAACGUCUUGUUUAACGGCACUAUUGGUGCCUGUAAUGUGACCCUACAAAUCAUGAGAGGGACCUGGCUAUCCUGGACCGUACGAAACAGCAUAGCGUUCGUCGCAUCUGUACCGUAUGCCACAACGAAGAGGCAGAGAACAUUUGGCCUUCAAGCGCAGUCCCAAACCCUGGCUGUAUCUUACAAAUCACGUAGCAUGGAUGAUGGCACAGAGGCUCCCCGCGUUAAAGUUGUCUUGCCUGCUCUAGCGUUGACUGGUCAUCAGGGAAAGGAUAAUGUGGAUUUGCUAGCUGCCCUGGAGUUCGCUAACGUGAAGCUGAAACCUUCACAUUGGGAUUCCUUGCUCGUUGUUCAGCAGAAGUUUGGACGAGAUUUCACAGAUUUGAUGGACUUGAUUGAGGAGACCCGCCGAACACGACCAAUGGACCCCGAGAUCGCAAGGCCGGAAUCGAAACCUAGUAGAUACAACGUUCAAGUCAACCUGAAAGGGUUCAGAAUUGGCCUGGAAGGUCCCGCAUCCACAUUUUACUUGGAGUGCGAGAAUGUGGUUGGAGGUAUCACCAAAAGAGGUGGCUACGCUGCGUGGAAGAUUGCCCUCCGGGACAUAGCACUAUCUCUAGCCCCUGGCAGCGGAGAAGCAAAACCAGAGCAUGCCUUCGAUCGCAACCAUAAAUCGGCUUUUAUUAUCAUUGAUGUUUCCGUCGCGGCCGAAGGCAAUCGCCUAGAUGUGUCCAUUCCAAAGAUCCAGGCUGUCAUGCAACCGAGUUCAAUAAGCGAACUUGGGGAUUUCAUUGAUCACCACCGGGCUGAGCUUUUCAUCAGAAGAAGUCAGAGGACAGCAGAAUUGGAAGCUUUCAAGGAGAAAACUCGGACCAUUCUCAAGACCUUCGAAGUUCAGCGCCGGAAACCGGAUCUCGAACAGGGCACCUCGUGGUUGAGCAAACACAGUAUCACCGUAAACAUUGAGAGGAUUGGUGUCGCAUUUCCACUGUCCUUUGAUCAGAGCUUGGAGUUGCCAAUGUCGGCUAAUUGUGACUGCUCUGCUGUCCGCGCCUUCUUAUUCUCCGUGCGUCGGAUCAAGUUCCAUACUCAGAGGGGCGAAGUAGGUCAGAUGACUACGAAGGAAUUAUCUCUCCAAUUUGUAAACCGGUUUAGGCAAUGGAUCCCGGUGGACUUCAUUGCUGAGAGCUACCCCACCCAGAAUCGCCUGUGCUAUCCCGAAAUGAAGAUUCAGCUACGCUCCAAUACCUCACGCUUUAAACGGCAUAUCUGGAUCGCUGGGAAUGUCAGUGGAUUCGUUUUGGAUCUUGAUUCGUCCAUCGCAAACUACGUAUUCUCCUUGGUUGACGUAUAUCGCCACGGACGGGAGAGGAUGGAACGCUUGGCCAGCACGGGGAUGGCUCCUCGGGCAUCAGAGUCGUUCAGCACGAGUCCCCCGACCGAAAGUUAUUCCAAUGCGCUCCCGGCACUAAACAUGUUUACAGCGCUUGUAUUCGACAGCGGGCAAAUUCGCAUACGUAGUCCAUCCCAGCGGCCUUACCCAGUGUUUGGCAGUCAUCACGACGACGAUAAUUACCCCUCAACGAGGGAGAUAGAGGUGGUCAAGCUGCCAGUUUUGUCGGCAUGGAUCGAGUAUCGAGCGUUGGCUGAUGUCCCGGGCACAUCCGGGUCUGUGCCAGCGCCUAUGCUGAUCUUCAAAAGCAAGAUUCACUCGAGCCAAAACACACUCCAUCCCGACUUAUUACCAUUUGUCACUGAGAUAACCGAUCAAGUCCAAGCCCGGAUACGGAAGAGCUCCAGUCUGCAGGACACGCGAGCAUCCUUUACUUCGGAAUACAGAGACUCGUCUCGUGGAUCUAUGCCUUUUGCACCUCCGGGGGAUUUUUCUCCUACAUCUAGCUUGCAGAUAAACUUUUCACUGCGCAUUGACAAAUCGACCUUGCAACUCACGUGCCAGCCGGACGUAAACGUCAUUGCGGCUCUCAGGUGGGAAAGUGGCGGUUUUAUUGUGAACGUUUCCCCGGGAGCCCAUAGGUUGACCUUUACUGGAUCUGUGGAUGGUCUAACAGUGGGGCUUAAGCAUGGCUUUCUUAGCGAUGAUUGUGUCAACCUCGCAGCCCGCAAUCUCGCCUUCUCCUUAACCUUUACCAAGGUCGAGGAUGGCGAAGGGAAUCCGGAGGGUUCGAUAUCUGUCCUUGUCAACACGGACAUCGCUGGAGGUGUACGCUUUUCGCGUCUGCAAGAUAUUCUAUGCUUCAAAGCAGUUUGGCUGGACCGCAUUCCUUUGAUCUCGGAACAAAGCUCCAAUACAGGAGAACCGUACGCUGCUCCGCCGUCGACUCAGCCUCUCAGUCCAGCUGGAACACAGGACGUCACCACAACUGUUGUGCUUUCGAUUCGCAGGACAGAAGUUACUGUCGACCUCGGGCAAUCAAUCAGUUUCAUUACUCUCGAUCUUAAAGAAGCCCUUGUUCGCACGCGUUUUUCCGAGAGCUGCUCUGAGGUGUCUCUCUCUGUGGCAGAUGUUGCCAUUCUAGCUAGAGGGAAUGUUUCUGGUCACAUUGUUGUCCCUAAUUGCAUCUUCCACACGGUCCGCAGGAGCGAGGACUCCCUGACGCGGGAGUCACGUGAGUCACGUACGGCGCGGCUGCUGGAACUUACGAUGACGAGUGGCGCCCUCAACGCGGAACUCGACUCGGAGCAACAGCGUUUGUUGGUAUACAGAGCGGACCCAAUCCAAGUGGAUAUUCGCGACGAUUGGAGUCGUCUCACCUCUGAGCUGGGAAACGGAGAUCGACGUCUUCUUUUGGCGUUCACCGUUCAGGGGAAAGAGAUCACUGCGUUGGCAACAAUCACAAGCCUCCCUAAAUUGAUGCUCUAUGCAAACAGGUUCAAAGCCAGCAUCGCAUCUCAAAGACUAGCAGCAAGCCGAGAAUCAGAAGCAUUUCGCGCCACGCAGAGCCCCAAACCCAGUAACCCUCUGACAGAAGUUGCCUCUGCUUUCUUCCAGUCUGCGAGAAACCGGCUCAAGGAAGCUGAAGUAGAAUUGUCCUACGUCAUCCGCCAGCAAAUGAGUUUCCGCCUUGAAACUUUGAGGCUCAUUUGCUUCCCACGAGCAAUGGCAGACGUAGAACUUGCAUCAUUUAUCGGGCGGGACGUGCAAGCCAGCUUGCAUCGGGCAGUCGUGGACGGACGACCGUCCCGCAGGGAAAUACACUUGUCGUUCACAAGACUUAACAUCUCCAAAUUUAGUCAGCUUCAGCCGUUCCUGCCACCUUCAGUUGCCGUUUCCAGUGAUAGAUCAUGGGUAGAUCUGCUCUUCAAGAAUCCCACGGAAGCGAAUAUCGUUGGCUUGCCAUCUAUGAGAAUGCUCAUGAUAACUGAGGAACCCGGUGGAGAACUAUCGAAACGCCUUCUGUACGACUUCUACAGUACGUUCCAGGGACGAGCCGACAGAAAACCUGAGGACAUCUACAUAACUUUGAAUGUCGCGCUGUACUCGUGGCUAACUGGGCUGCGGAAGAAUCUUUCACGGGAGAUGGCUCAGCUGCAAACCCAAACAGGUGCAGCUGCGAGCACAUCGGGGGUACGAAAGAAAGGGCAUUGGAGUAUACCCGAAGCACAUUCUCUCGAUACAGCACAAUCGGACGGGGAUACGAUUACGUCUCAUUCAAUUCAACCUUCUAAGCUUCAAUUGCCCAGCUCAGAGUCUUCUCUCCCCACCAAGCAAGUUCCACAGUCUCAGGAGGCGAAUGUCAGCACCUCAUCUCCCCUUACAAUGGCUAUCGUCUACGAGCCGCGCGAGAGGAGGAUUCAAAAGUUGACUCUACGGCAGCUGGGAGAGGCAACUCCGGACGUGAUGCAUCCUUUCUUCAUGAAGAAAUCUGGCUUCAGUCUAGAAGAUUCUCUACCACAGUACGUUCACGAGUAUGCAACGACACCAUUGGAGAAGAUUAUGGAAGGGCUAUUGAACCUCUACAGCAAGCAGUUACCGACUGAGCGGAUGGAGAGGGAGCGAAAGCUAGUCUAAGAACCCAGGGACUUGUUUGUGGCUACCGAAAGCAG